AUGGAUCCGAAAAACACUUCAGCCCUCGAACCUCCUUCAGGGGCAGAGUCGAAUUUCGUUAACCCUUACACCCUUCAGCCAGCACUUAUUAUCGUUUCAGUCCUAACCUUGUCGAUCUGCACAGUCAGUAUUGCUGCACGGAGUUACGCGCGAGCUGUGAUCUUAAAACAGUUUGACCUAGACGACUGCGCGCUCUUAGUUGCAGGGAUCUUGAUUACCGCUUUCACUGCCUUGCAACUGGUAGCUGGCAACAAUGGACAAGGAGAACAUCAACGGAACAUUACGCAAGCCGAUAUAGCCAAGCUCCUUUUUUAUUCCAACAUCAUAGAAGUAAUUUACGGGCCGACGAUUUUCUUUUCAAAAUAUGUAGUGCUCCGACAGAUAGAGUCCAUCUUUCUCAACCACCGCCGUCAGCAUCUCGCAUACAAGGUCGUCUGGAUCCUCAUCUGGGUGAAUCUUGCUUUCUAUGCUGCAAUUUCUGUUUGCUUCCUGUUUGCUUGCGUCCCCCGGGAGAAAAUCUGGAAUACGCAAGUUGAGGGCCACUGCAUCGACGCCCAGUCUAGUGUCGUCACCACAAGUGCGAUAAAUGUGGUCUCUGAUUUGAGUAUCUUCAUUAUACCUAUGUUGGGUAUUUGGAAACUGCAGAUACCACUAGCAAAGAAAUUCGGGGCUGUGACCGUGUUUGCAAUCGGUGUGCUUGCAAUCAUUUCCAGCGUUAUUCGCCUCUAUUAUAGUGUUAUAUCAAUCCAGGACGAGGACCCCAGCUGGGCGAUUGGGCCUGUAGGCUAUUGGGCGCUUGCAGAGUUUACUACCGUUAUCCUGGCAGCGUGUUUACCUUGGUUCCCCCGAUUAAUCAGUUGGUUGCGGAAUCGCGAUCCAGAAUCCCAAUAUAACUCCUCAAGCGGUGCUGUUACAAAGACCCCACGGCGCCAGGUAAUACAGAAUGAAGAACAUGAGCUUAGAGACACUACUAGUACGACGGCUUUACGAGUCGAUACAUACGAAGAUCGAUACUUAUGAAAUCUGGUUAUCUCGCUACGUGGGCAUGGUGCCGUCGGGGUUCGUGAGAGUUUGGGUUUAAGGCGUAAUGAACAAGAAGCUAUAGAAGUACACACGCAGGAUACCUAGUAAAUCUGGGCAAAGG